AUGGUUUCAGUAAUAAACUCUAUUGAUACUGCUCAUGAAGAUAUGAUUCAUGAUGCACAGUUGGACUAUUACGGGACUAAACUUGCCACUUGUUCUUCCGAUCGCUGCAUCAAGCUGUUUGAUGUUACUGGUGGACAGCAGACACUUAUCACACAACUUAGGGGACAUGAAGGCCCCGUGUGGCAGCUUUCAUGGGCACACCCUACAUUUGGAAAUAUGUUGGCAUCUUGUGGCUACGACAGGAAGGUGAUCAUCUGGAAGGAGACCAAUGGGACAUGGGGGAAGCUGUAUGAAUACCCUCAUCACGAUUCAUCAGUAAACUCGGUCAGUUUUGCCCCCCAUCAAUAUGGUCUCAUGCUGGCAUGUGGCAGCUCUGAUGGGUCCAUUUCAAUCAUUUCUAGUACAGGUGAUGGCACAUGGGACACAAAGAAAAUCAACAAUGCUCACACAAUUGGAUGCAAUGCUGUAAGUUGGGCCCCAGCGACACCACCCAAUGCUCUGUUUGAUGCACAGAGUGGACAACAGCAAACACUAAAGAAAUUAGUUUCUGGUGGCUGCGAUUUUUUGGUGAAGAUCUGGAUAGAGGAUAAUGGCCAGUGGAUUGAGGAUCAGAAACUUGAAGGUCACAGUGACUGGGUUCGAGAUGUGGCUUGGGCACCAUCUACAGGCUUGCCAAAGUCUGUCAUUGCUUCAUGUUCCCAGGACUGCAGAGUCAUCAUCUGGACCAAUGAUGGGGUCAGCAACACAUGGAAUUCAAAGACCUUGCAUAAAUUUGAGGAUGUUGUCUGGCAUUUGAGUUGGAACACUUCUGGCAACAUUUUAGCGGUAUCUGGUGGCGAUAACAAGGUAACACUGUGGAAGGAAAAUCUCGAAGGACAGUGGGUGUGCAUUAGUGAGGUUAACAAAGGUCAGGGACAAAUAAGCGACAAGCCUGCAUCCGGAUAA